GAUGGAGUCCGAAAGACAGGCUGCGGAAGGAUCCUGGGGACUGUACUUUUGUGAGACAGUGAGCCUUCUCUGCCAGAGAGAGCUCUGCUGCCACAAUAAAACUACAACUCCCAGGAUUCCCUGGCACUGAGCCAGGGCAGUUAAUGUGGUCUCACUCUGGAUUGUUUCUGCAGUCUGUUUUGGACCAUGGUUGCUGUACGAAGAAGCCCUUGAAGCGCUGCUGCUCCUCUUGAGCUGCAUUCUGGGCCUUUGCAGAAUCCAAAGGAUGUUGCAGGAGAGCAGCUUAGGGACUUCUUUCAGCUGAGACAGAAGCACCAGAAACAACUUGCUUCAUUUUUGUGGCUUCGUUGACAUAACCCUCCCUGCAAAAAAUAAAAUAAAAUAAAAAAUCGAAGAAUGGAUGAACCAGAUUUAGCUGGACCUGAAGGAGACAGAGGCCCUGACAGCCUCAUUGCUGAGAGCAGUGUAGAAUUCUGGGAGAGGGCAUUCCAGAAGAGGUUCCUGGGUGAGGACCUUGCCAGCUCAGACAUACAACGCCAGUGCUUCAGGCAGUUUUCCUUUGAGGAGGGCAAGGGCCCCCGAGACGUUUGCAGCCGUCUCCACCAUCUCUGCCGCCAGUGGCUGAAUCCAGAGGGACACACAAAAAAUGAGAUCCUGGACCUGGUGAUCUUGGAGCAGUUCCUGACCAUCCUGCCCCCGGACUUGGAGAUGUGGGUUCGGGAAUGUGGAGCAGAGACCUGUUCUCAAGCGGUUUCCCUAGCAGAGGGUUUCCUCCUGAGUCAGGCAGAGGCAGAGAAGAAGCCAAAAGAGCCACAGGCCAACAGUUUCCUGAGGGACGUUCACUCUGAAUUCUCUGUGGCAGAGAAGGCUUCAUUGGAUACAAGGCAUUGUCUUCCAUGGAGGGAGAUCAAGCAGGAGUAUGAUGAAGGGGGCCCCUUGCAAGACGCUGGAAUGAGGCUACCAUCAAAAACUCAGUCGUCUCUUCCUCCUCUUUGCAGUGAAAUAGAACCAGAUCAGGGUUUGGUGACUUUUGAGGAGGUGGCUGUGUUUUUCUCCUCAGAGGAGUGGACCCUGCUGGAUCUUGACCAGAGAGCCCUGCACAGGCAUAUCACAGCAGAGAUCUAUGAGAUUGUGGCCUCUCUUGCUGAAAACUGGAGGAAAACACGUGUGUGCGCUAUGCAUACUGGGGGGAAAAGCUUUAGAUGUCAGGUUUCUGUAAAGGGUUUUGAUGAUAAAUUGAACAACGUGAACCACCAAGAAGUCCACACAGUAAAGAAACCACACAGAUGCCAGAAAUGUGGGGAAUGCUUUGUUUACCACUCACUACUUAUGGCACAUCUGAAAGUGCACACAGACCUUGUGAGCCACUGGAAAGUCUGUGCAGAAGAGAAAAUCUACAAAUGCCAGGAGUGUGGCAAAUGUUUUGCUCGAAAGGCAGGGGUUAUGAUUCAUCAGAGGGUGCAUACAGGAGAGAAACCCUACAAAUGCCAGGAAUGUGGGAAAUGUUUUGCUCAGAAAGGACAUCUGGUGACUCAUCUAAAAGUCCACACAAGAGACAAAACUGUGAAAAGUUUUGCUCGCAGCUCAGAACUUGUGAAACACCAGAGAAUCCCCCCAAGCAAGAAACCCUGCAAAUGUCAGGAGUGUGGGAAAUGUUUUGCUUGGAACAGAGACCUUGUGAUUCAUCAGAGGGGGCAUACAGGAGAAAAGCCAUACAAAUGCCAGCAGUGUGGGAAAAAAUUUGUUUCCAAGUCAAACCUUGUAAAACAUGAGAGAAUACAUACAGGUGAGAAACCCUACAAAUGUCAAGAGUGUGGGAAAUGUUUUGUUUCCAAGUCAGAACUUGUAAAACACCAAAGAGUCCACACAGGCGAGAAACCCUACAAAUGUCAGGAAUGUGGAAAAUGUUUUGCAUGGCAUCAUGACUUUGUGAUUCAUCAGAGAGUGCAUACAGGUGAGAAGCCAUAUGAAUGCCAGGAAUGUGAGAAAUGUUUUGCUUACAAGUCAGAACUUGUAAAGCACCAAAGAGUCCACACAGGCAAGAAAUCCUACAAAUGUCAGGAGUGUGGAAAAUAUUUUGCUUGGAAUAGAGACCUUGUGAUUCAUCAGAGGGUGCAUACUGGAGAGAAGCCAUACGAAUGCCAGCAGUGUGGGAAAUGUUUUGCUCAAAAAGGACACCUUCUGAUUCAUCAGAGAGUGCAUACAGGAGAGAAACCAUACAAAUGCCAGGAGUGUGGGAAAUGUUUUGCUCGAAAACCAUCCAUUAUGAUUCAUCAGAGGGUGCAUACAGGAGAGAAACCCUACAAAUGCCAGGAAUGUGGGAAAUGUUUUGCUCAGAAAGGACAUCUAAUGAAGCAUCUAAGAGUCCACACAGGAGAAAAACCUGUGAUAAGUUUUGCUCGCAGCUCAGAACUUGUGAAACACCAGAAAAUCCUUCCAGGCAAGAAGCCCUACAAAUGUCAGGCGUGUAAAAAAUGUUUUGCUUGGAAAAGAGACCUUGCUAUUCAUCAGUGGGCGCAUACAGGAGAGAAGCCAUACAAAUGCCAGGAGUGUGGGGAAAAAUUUGUUUCCAAAUCAGACUUUGUAAAACAUGAGAGAAUACAUACAAGUGAGAAAUCGUACAAAUGUCAAGAGUGUGGGAAAUGUUUAGCUUCCAAGUCAGAACUUGUAAAACACCAAAGAGUCCACACAGGUGAGAAACCCUACAAAUGUCAAGAGUGUGGAAAAUGUUUUGCAGGGCAACGUGACUUUGUGAUUCAUCAGAGGGUGCAUACAGGAGAGAAGCCAUACACAUGUGAAAAAUGUGGGAAAUGUUUUGCUCAGAAAGGAUGCCUGGUGAAACACCAGAGAGUCCACACAGGUGAGAAACCUUACAAAUGUCAGGAGUGUAAGAAAUGUUUUGCUCAAAAUUCAAACUUUGUGAUACACAGGAGACUCCACACAGGUGAGAAACCCUACAAAUGUCAGGAGUGUGGGAAAUGUUUUGCUUACAAAAGAGCCCUUGUGAUUCAUCAGGUGGUGCAUACAGGAGAAAAGCCACACAAAUGCCAGGAGUGUGGGAAAUGUUUUACUCAGAAAGGAUGUCUGGUGAAGCAUCUGAGAGUUCACACAGGAGAGAAACCAUACAAAUGUCAGGAGUGUGGGAAAAGUUUUACUCAGAAUGGAUGUCUGGUGACACACCAGAGACUCCACACAGGCAAUAAGCCCUACAAAUGUCAGGAGUGUGGGAAAUGUUUUGCCCAAAAUGCAGGCCUUGUGAUGCAUGCAAGACUCCACACAGGCGAGAAACCCUACAAAUGUCAGGAGUGCGGAAAAUGUUUUGCUUACAACCGUGUUCUUUUGAUUCAUCAGAAGGUGCAUACAAGAGAGAAACCAUACAAAUGCCAGGAGUGUGGGAAAUAUUUUACUCAGAAAGUAUGUCUGGUGAAGCAUCUGAGUGUCCACACAGGAGAGAAACCAUACAAAUGCCAAGAGUGUGGGAAAAGUUUUACUCAAAAUGGAAGUCUGAUGAAACACCUGAGACUCCACACGGGAGAGAGACCAUACAUAUGCAGGGAGUGUGGGAAACGUUUUGCUCAAAAUGCAUACCUUCUGAAACACUUGAGACUCCACACAGGCAAGAAACCCUAUAAAUGUCAGGAGUGUGAGAAAUGUUUUGCUCGCAAAGAUUACCUUGUAAACCACCAGCAAAUCCAUAUAGGAAAGUGUAAUGAUUACAGUCUGGGCCCGGCAGACAGAGGCAGCCCAGAAACCCACUUGGCUGAUGGACACUGCACUCAGCCACUUGGAUUCUCUUUAUGGCUUCAUUGGUGUAAAAGAACAAAGAUGGAUGGAACAGAUUUAGGUGGUCCUGAAGGAAGAAGAGGUCUUGAUGGACUCAGUGCUGAAAGCAUUGGGGAAUUCUGGGAGAGGACAGUUCUGAAAAGGUUCCUGGGUGAGAACCUUGCCAGCACAGAUAUCCAUUGCCAGUGGUUCAGGCAGUUCUCCUACAAAGAGGCUGAGGGGCCUCGAGAGGUUUGCAGCCGACUCCAUCGUCUCUGCUGUCAGUGGCUGAAGCCAGAACGACACACAAAAAAUGAGAUCCUGGACCUGGUAAUCUUGGAGCAGUUCUUGGCCAUUCUGCCCCCAGAGAUGGAGAAAUGGGUUAGGGAAUGUGGGGCCAAGACCUGUUCCCAGGCGGUGGCCCUGGCAGAGGGUUUCCUCCUGAGUCAGGCAGAGGCAGAGAAGGAGCAGAAAGAACUGCAGAUGAAAUAUCUCCCGGGAAAAGUUCACUCUGAAUUCCUUGUGGCAGAGGACAUGCCAUUGGAUACAAGGCAGAGUCCCCAAUGGAGAGAGAUCAAGCAGGAGUGCGGUGGAGGGGUCCCCUUGCAAGAGGCUAGAAUGAUGCUACCAACAAGGAUUCAGUCAUCUCUUCAUCUUCUUUGUGGUGAUACAGAACCAGAUCAGGCCCUGGUAACUUUUGAGGAAUUGGUCGUGUCUUUCUCGACAGAGGAGUGGGCCUUGCUGGAUCCUGAACAGAGAGCCCUGCAUAAGCAGAUCACAGUGGAUAUCCAUGGGAUUGUGACUUCUCUUGGAGAAAACUGGAGGAAAACACACAUAUGUGCUAAGUAUGGGAAGUGUUCUAGGCAACACUUGGAACUUACCAGCCACCAGCAAGCCCAACAUUCAGAACAGGAAUGUUAUCUUGGAGAGAACCCCUGUAAAUGCAAUAUAUCUGGGAAAUGUGUUCCACAAAAUAUGGCACUUGUGCCUUACCAGAGGCUCCAUGCUGAAAAAACGCCCAUUAGAUGUGAUGGUUCUAUGAAAGGGUUUGAUUAUAAACUGUACAGUUUGAAUCACCAAGAAGCCAACACUGUAAAGAAGCCAUACAAAUGUCAAAAAUGUGGGAAAUGCUUUGCUUACCAUUCAUUGCUAAUGGCACAUCUGAAAGUACACAGAGACCUUGUGAGCCACUGGAAAAUCCACACAGGAGAGAAACGGUACAAAUGCCAGGAGUGUGGUAAAAGUUUUGCUCAAAAGGCAUGCCUUGUGAAUCAUCAGAGGGUGCAUACAGGAGAGAAACCAUACAAAUGUCAGGAGUGUGGCAAAUGUUUUGCUCAAAAGGCAAACCUUGUGAUUCAUCAUAGAGUGCAUACAGGAGAGAAGCCGUACAAAUGUCAGGAGUGUGGAAAAUGCUUUCCUCAUAGUUCAAAUCUUCUAAACCAUCAGAGAACCCACACAGGAGAAAAACCCUACAAAUGUCAGGAUUGUGGGAAAGGUUUUUCUUAUAAGGGUGACCUUGUGAAGCACCAGCGAGUCCACAGUGGACAGAAACCAUACAAAUGCCAGGAGUGUGAGAAAUGUUUUGCUCAAAAAACAGCCCUUGUGAAGCACCAGCGAGUACACAGUGGUGGAGAAAAACCAUACAAAUGCCAGGAGUGUGGCAAAUGUUAUGUUGAGAAAGGAGGCCUUGUCAAGCACCAAAGACUCCAUACAGGAGAGAAGCCAUACAAAUGCCAGGAGUGUGGGGAAUGUUUCCGUCAGAGUUCAUCCCUUCUAGGCCAUCAGAGAGUGCACACAGGAGAGAAUCCCUACAAAUGCCAAGAGUGUGAAAAAUGUUUUGCUUGGAAAAGAGAUCUUGUGAUUCAUCAGCGGGUGCAUACAGGAGAGAAGCCAUACAAAUGCCUGGAAUGUGGGAAAUGUUUUGUUUCCAAACCACAACUUGUGAAACACCACAGAGUCCACAUAGGCGAGAAACCUUAUAAAUGCCAGGAGUGUGGAAAAUGUUUUGUUCACAGUUCACAACUUGUGCGGCAUCAGAGCAGCCACACAGGAAACAAACCAAACAAAUGCCAGGAGUGUGGGAAAUGUUUUGUUCAAAAAGGUAGCCUUUUGAGGCAUCAGAGUGUCCACAUUGGUGAGAAACCAUACAAAUGCUCAGUGUGUGGAAAAUGUUUUUCCCGAAGUUCAUAUCUUUUGAAACACAAGAGAGUCCACACAGGAGAAACACCAUAUAAAUGCCAAGAUUGUGGGAAAUGUUUUGCUCAAAACUCAGGUCUUCUCAGCCACCAGAGAACCCACACAGGAGAGAAACCAUACAAAUGCCAAGAGUGUGGGAAAUGUUUUGCUCAGAAAACAGGUCUUCUCAGCCAUCAGAGAAUUCACACAGGAGAGAAACCGUACAAAUGCCAGGAGUGUGGGAAAUGUUUUGCUCAGAAUUCAGGCCUUCUCACCCAUCAGAUUACCCACACAGGAAAGAAACCAUACAAAUGCCAGGAGUGUGGGAAAUGUUUUGCUCUGAAAGCAGGCCUUGUGAAGCACCAGAGAAUCCAUACUGGAGAGAAACCAUACAAAUGCCAGGAGUGUGAUAAAUGUUUUGUUUCGAGAUCAGAACUUGUGAAACACCAAAGAGUCCACACAGGAGAGAAACCCUACAAAUGUCAGCAGUGUGGCAAAUGUCUAGCUCGCAAGGAUUACCUUGUGACCCACGAGCGAAUCCAUACAGGAGAGAAACCAUACAAAUGCCAGGAGUGUGAAAGAUCUUUUGUUUCUAAGUCAGAACUUGUGAAACACCAGAGAAUCCACAUGUGAGAGAAACCAUUCAAAUGCCAGGAAUGUGGCAUUUCACUGUCAACUAUUUCAGUGGGAUAAUAAUAAUAAACAUUAAAGAAUAAUAAUUCCACCAAAGUGAACUCAGAGAAAGCCCAACUGUGUUUCAAGAAAAUGGAAAUGCAGAUUCCCAUCCAAGGAUGCUUUGUGCCCAAACAUUUAGGGGUGGGUGCGGUGGAAAUGCCAUAAGAAAAAUUGAAGAGGUAUUUAGGGGAGACGGGAUUAAAUUUAAACAAAAAAUACUGUUAAGGGAAACCAAGGAAGGAAAGAGCUGCAACCACUGUCUUCAUAUAAACUUAGCAAAGAGUUCAAAUAAACUCUUAGAUGUGAA